CCGUGAGAGAGGUGAUAAGUGUUUUGACAGGAAUUUUGGGUCGAAAAUGAAUAGAGAUAUUGAUUGAUUCAGAGAGUUAAAUCAUUCAAAUAGAUCAAACAAACUGAGCUCAUCGAAUAUCUCAUCAUUCAGAUCAAACAAGCUUAUCGGUCAUGAUUUUGAAAAUGUAUCAUCAGACAGAUUCAAGGUGAAACCUGCUCAAACCCUAAAACCUCUCCAAAUCCCCCCAACACCACCUACCGCACCCACUCCCCUCACCAUCUCCUCUUCCAAAGCCUCUAAAAUCCCUCUCAAGCUCUCCAACACUCACUUCCAGUUUGAAGGACAAAAGAUUACAAUACUGAGAUCAUUAAAAUCUCUAAUUUCACAACAGAAAGGAAUAAAAAGUAUUAACGUUCGUUACAAAGCGGUCCAAAAGCUCAAACAGUCUAAAAAUCCAAUGAAGUAUACCUCAAUUUGAUCAAACUCAACUCCUAAACUACCAAAACCAUGAAUCUCAAAACUUAAAAUCCUUAAUCCUUCUCCCCAAUUUCCUAGAAAUCCGACUCCCUCUACCAAAAAAACUGACCAGAAGAGAUUUACCAUUAAAGCUGCUUCUUAUAAAUCUCUGCAUAGUUCACUCUCAAAGCUCAAGAAGCCAAAGGGAUUCCUCAACAAAACCUUCAAAGGCUGUCUUAAGAUCAAAUCGACAAAAUUCAAGGCACACAAGAAACCUCUUGUGACAAGUCACAAGGAGUUGAGGUGUGGCUGGACUUCUAAGAUCAAGUGAAGACAGAGUGAAACUAGUAAACGUGACUUUUAAGUAUUCAGAUCAUAUCCAAUCAA